CGGAGGACACUGAUGGCUUCAAUGAAGUCAGAGCUGAGCUACAACAGCAGAAUAAUACAGCAGCAUGUUGUGUGCUCCCAGCAAGGACACUGCAUUAUACACAAGGCUGCACUGACACAGAUUGUUUAUGGACUUCGUUCUCUGCGUGUUUUUAUUCUCUUGCUGUAAGUUUCUUUGGUAACACACUGGCAACACUGAGACACCUGUUUCCUGAAAUCCUACUAUGGCUGCACAAGUAAGGGUUCAGUGAUGUAAUGAAUGUGUUUUGGGAAAGAAGAUUAGAAAAGUUUAUGGAGUGUUAAGACGCAAGAAGCAAAACAUGUUGUGGAUUUGCCACUAAAGAUUUUCCAAUGGAUUCUGAAAAUAAAUAAAAAGAAGCAAUCACUGAGUCAGAAUAUUUGUAUAUCUCGCAGCAUGAGUUCUGAUAAUGAAGUUAGCAUAUCCAACAACGUGGUCAACGGAAUAACAUCGAACUGCAACAUGCAAGAUAAAGCAGAUGACUCUCUAACUACACGUUCGUGCUCUGCUAUCACAAUCAUUCCUGUGAAGGCAGUACAACAUUUUCCUGAUCUUGUGCCAACUCCAGAAGUGGAUCCCUCUAAAGUAUGUGCAGGAAAGGGAGCGGUGACCCUCCGAGCGGUCACACCACAAGGGGACAGCCAGAAAAGUAGAUCCACAUUGGAUAUUGAGCUUUCACCAAGUGAACUGCCGACAGAAAAAGAGCCAGAUGACAGGCCUCCAUCAGUAGCGGAGUCUAAUGGGGAUUCUCAGUCCUCUUCACUGGCUGCCAAAGGAUUUCGGAGUGUGCGUCCUAAUCUCCCAUCUGAAUACAAGCAGCAGGAUGGCACUUCAGUCACAGCUCAGCCUGAGGUUAUAGUAGUUCCACUCAUCCAGGUUAAAGUUGAAAGAGAGCAAGAAUCCACUUCAAGCACUCCACCGCCACCUCUUGUACCCGCUGGCAAACUCUCAGCCUCCCCAGAACUUGUCACCUCUAACUUGGCUUUUCCGACACUUGACGAUUUUAUUCCCCCUCAUCUGCAAAAGGGAUCAAAUCAUAGCUCUCCCAAUUUUUCUGUAUCAAACAGUCUACAAUCUUGCUCUCCGCCUCCUCCUUCACUGGUUCCACCGGUAACGGAGGACUCACACAGAGUCUCGGAACUUGAUAACAGUGGAGCCAUCUUACACACAGAGCCCUUGGUAGAUGACUUUGCUGUUCCGAGCUUAAGCAACGAUAAACCUUUAUCUUUUGCGCCCAUCAGUAAACCUUCUGUGUAUCCGUCUACUACCACUGUAAACCCAACUAUAGUACUUUUGCAGCAUAAUAGAGAGCAGCAAAAACGGCUUAGUAGCUUGCCAGAUCCUGCACUAGACGGCUCUCCCAAUGAGAAAGCAGAGCCAGUGACGGUCCAGGAGAGAAAGCAUCCGGAUAAUCCCCCAGUGCAGAGAAAGUCAGUAGAUAUUACAAGAAAAGAGGUCUACGCACCUUAUUACACAGCAGAAAUGUCAGCAGAUGAAAUUGGCAUCCCGCUGCGGAACACAGAAAGAUCGAAAGACUGGUACAAGACCAUGUUCAAGCAGAUCCACCGGCUUAACAGAGAUGAUGAUUCUGAUUCUUAUCCAAGUUAUGGGCGGCACUCGUAUAUAGAAGAUGGAAAAUCUCAGGCUUCAGUACCUCGUUCCAAGAGUGAGAUGGACAACAUAGACAUAGACAAAAAUGUCCGCAGAUCCGUUACAUUACCUCUACCAACCCGCUCCUCUUCACUUAAGCCAGGGCAUGAAAGGAAUGAUUGGGAUCCCCCAGACAAGAAGGUCGACACCAGAAAAUACAGAGCGGAGCCAAGAAGCAUUCAUGAGUACCAGCCUGGGAAAUCCUCUGCCCUCGUCAAUGAGAAGAUGACUCGGGAUAAAAGUCCAGAAGAGAUAGAUUUAAAGAAUGAACCUUGGUAUAAAUUCUUUUCGGAAUUGGAAUUUGGGAAACCGCCUCCAAAAAAGAUUUGGGAUUAUACUCCGGGGGAUUGCUCUAUCCUUAAAGUAGAGGAUAGGAAGACUGAGCUAGAGAAAGACCUCUAUCAGUACGAGUCUGAGUUAGAUGCAGAUUUAGAGAGAAUGGACAAGUGUUAUAAAGAUUCCAAUAAAAUGAAUGCAGCUGUGAGCCGCCCGGACGACCUUCCAUCCUACUCGCAUACACCUAACUACAACUACAACCGCACCAAGGAGACUUCCCCGGAGCCUCCGCUCUCCGAGAAUGAAAGGCAGAUCUACAAAAAUGUUUUAGAAGGAGGAGAUAUUCCAUUCCAGGGCCUGAGCAGCCUGAAUAGACGCCCCUCCAGCUCUGCCUCCAAUAAAGGUGGGAAUGCUCCUGUAUUUUCUCAUUCCUCAUUAAACAGACGAACAUGUACUGGUAGUAAUUCUCUAGGCAACUUGUAUAAACAGAAGUCAUCUUUGUCAGCUGCAAAAGCUUGCAUAGGUGAAAUUCUGCCAUCCAGAUUCAAACCUGCUGCUGUCCAGGACCCAUACCAGCACAAACAGGGUGCCUCUCUGUCCCAGCAGAAAGCACAGAGCUACGAGGACUUGCUUGACCCAUUGACAUUGUUUGAAAACAAAAAAACAUGCAUAAUGCAAGCUGGUGGAAGUGUGGAAAAUAUACUGAGGAAAUCCUACAAGGAGUAUAAGGUAAAAUCGGGCAGCGCCAUGAGCCUGCAGGAGUACACCAUGAACUCUGCAAAAUGUUCGUUGACAUCCAAUCUUAGGACAGGUGGCACAGAGUUCAACAUGAUGUACAGAGAUAUGCACUAUAUAAACCGAUCUACGCUACAAAAUGCAUUGUCUUGCUCCAACGUCAGAGAUAUUGCUAACCAUUUUGAGAAGGAAAGAAAGCAUGGAGCCUUUCUUAAAUUUGGAACUGAUGGCUCUGAAAAUGUCCCUAAGCACACAGUGUCUUCACGUGUAACAGCCUUUGAGCAACUGAUACAAAGGUCCCGGUCAAUGCCUUCUUUAGAACUAUCCAAUGGACAAAGUGUCUCCCCUACUCCAUCACAGUCAAGAACAGGAAUGGUGGCUGCAAGCUCUGCCGAGUCUCUACUGGAAAGUUCAAUGAAGAAAAAUGAAGAUACAAAUAAUCAGCUACCUCUUCACAAGACCUCAACCCCUAGUACUAGUAAUGUAGAAGAGAUGAGUUCUGACCUCAGUGACAUUGCUUUAGUUGAUACUCUUUCUGUCUGCACGGAUGAGACUGACCAUCUUUCUAACACUUCCAAUGACAGUUGCAACAGUGUCAUUAAACCAUCCCAAAAAUACAAGAUGAACACCUGCAAGAGUUCCUGCCCUGCUUCCUACACAAGGUUUACUACUAUUAGGAGGCAUGAACAGAAAAUGGCCAAGAACUCAAAAUCCACUACACAUCCCAACCAGCAGGUUUUUCAGAGGAAUGUAUAUUUAAUAAGCCCACUACCUUUCAAAUUAAAAAAGCCACUACAGGACAGUUCAAAAAAAUCUUCAGAUACCUCAGUAAAAAAUUGUGACGUUCCUGAGCCGUCAAGAGAAAGCCAUGUAAAUCACCUACUUAAGCACUCAGAAGUUGUUGAAGAGAAGCCUUAUCUUCCUACACGACAGUCGUCAUUUGACAUUGUGGAAAGACUGAGCAGUCUAAACCUUAACAAUUUUGAUCAUGAUAAUGCUAACCUAGAAAAUGAUUGUGUUAACUCUCUAAAUAAUGGAGAUAUUGUCUCAUUUCCUUUAUGUUACGAUUUGGAUUCAAACAACAAUCAGCCGAGUGAUGGUGGAGCAGGCACUGGAGAUUCAGACUCUCCAAGACAUUUCACACCACUCGAAUACAUGGAUCACCCCGAAGAAUAUGCGCGCCGGCGUCAUGAGAGCAAAGAGAAACUUAUAGAGGAUCAGCGAAGACUAAAGCGUGAGCAAGAAGAAGCUGAUAUUGCUGCUAGGAGGCACACUGGGAUUAUCCCAUCUCAUCACCAGUUUAUCACUAAUGAACGAUUUGGAGACCUCCUUAAUGUAGACGAUUCAGCAAAGAGGAGAUCUCGGUCUGAGAUGACACAAGCAAGAGCAAAGUUUGACUUCAAAGCACAGUCUCUGAAGGAGUUGCCACUUCAGAAGGGUGACAUAGUUUAUAUUUACAAGCAGAUAGAUCAGAACUGGUUUGAAGGAGAGCAUCACGGGAGGUCAGGAAUCUUCCCUAUUUCUUACAUUGAGAUACUGCCACAAACAGAGAAAGCACAGGCACCGAAGCCUGCACCAGUACAAGUUCUGGAAUAUGGAGAAGCUGUGGCCAAGUUCAACUUUAAUGGAGAUACUGCAGUAGAAAUGUCAUUUAAAAAGGGAGAAAGGAUAACACUGAUUCGUAGAGUAGAUGAAAAUUGGUAUGAAGGAAAGAUAUCUGGCACCAACCGUCAAGGUAUAUUUCCGGUGACCUACGUAGAUGUUCUCAAGAGGCCACGUGUAAAAAAUGCACCAGAUUAUAUGGAUCUGCCAUUUACAUAUUCCCCAAAUAGAAGCACCAGUGCCUCCCCACAGACCACAGACACAAUGCCACUCUCUUCAUCUGUCUAUCCUUCUGCACUGUCCUGUCCUGUCACAAAUCAGCCACCUCCCAGGCUUAAAGGCAGGGUCAGUGUAUCACAGGAAGCUGUCUGCAAUGAGAUAAUAAGCAUUGCAGAGAAAUCAGUCCGUUACUGCAGUACUGUCUCUCACCCCUUUGACUAUCGACACAAAGUGUCUUCCUAUGACAAUAAACAAUGUUUAAUCAUUUCUCAGCAACCUCAGGCACAGACGAGAAGAGACAGCUUAGAGAGGAGCCAGACGCCGCAAGAUGCGUUUGCCUAUCAGGCUUUGUACAGUUACAUACCACAAAAUGAGGAUGAGUUGGAGCUCAGAGAAGGAGACGUUGUUGAUGUUAUGGAGAAGUGUGAUGAUGGAUGGUUUGUAGGUACAUCAAGAAGAACAAAGCUGUUUGGCACGUUUCCUGGCAACUAUGUCAAAUUGGUGUUUUACUAAAAAUACAUUAUUCUGAAGCUACUUGGUAUUGCGCCAUUGCUGAAUGUAUUAGCUAUGUGGUUUUACACAAAGAGGUUUACAUAUGGCAGUACUGUCUGAAAAGUACUGCUCGUAAUUUCUAACAAAAGGCAAUGAAGAGUCCGUCAGCCAUUGAUAGGAAAAUUGUCUAUGGUUCUUUUACUACAAUAGAGAAUCUAUCACUUGAAAUACUGAAAGUGUACCUGUCUCCUACAUGUAGCGCUGGCAGCCAUUUUGUAAAGAGAAAUGAUGUUUUAUUUCUAGUUCCAGUAAAUCAAUAUAUAGGUCAGGCUCAGUCUACAAAAUGGCUGCAUUGGAUACACAAGGUGACUAAUUUUUUUUUUAUAUGCAAGUGUAACCACUUCUAAUAAAAUAUUUUGUGUAAUAUAUUCUUUUUAUGAUCACACUUGUAUAUUAUGAGAUCUGCUAUAUCACUGAGGGUGCAUUUGCACUAUGCUUGCAGUUUACGUCUGGUGUACGUGCUGGGAAAGCUCCCGGCAUAUAUAUCAAUAGUAUCGAUAGACCCCAUUCACUCGAUGGAGGCCAAAUGAGUGUCCUUUGGCUUCCACCAAUCUCCUUUAUAUUGCUAUACUGUUUUUAUUUACCGUACAGAGUAGUCGACUAAGACACACAUCUCACUGCUGCAGGAUGGGUAGUUCAGCCCGAGCUGUUUUAUCAUUGGACUUCUAUUAUGAAUACAGAAAUUGUUGUAAGAGAAUGGUCAGUAUUCCCUCUUCUGUCAGACUGCAAUGGACAUUUUAGUUCUAUUCAGCUUUUGCAAUGAUUAUUAUGGCCUACAAACAAAAUGGCUAAAAUCAGUGAAACUGAAAAUCAUAUAGAAACUCCAUUUACAGCAAAUAAAGCGAUCAGCUCUACAAUGUAAGUUGCUAAAUGCAUUUUUACCAUUAUGUAGAUGGGUAUAUGCAAUGAGGAAAGUAAAAUCUGGAAUACCACAAUAACACUUUACCUAACGGGUCCCUGUACUUUUAGUCUAGUUGCUAAAUGUAAAUUAUUUUAGUUCUUGAAUGUUAAUUAUUCUAGAAUGUAAUUAGUCUUGAAUAUUGUUUACAACUCCAAAAGUAUUUCUAGUUUAAUCCUAGUAGAUAGACAAUGGAAACAAAAUAAAUUUACCUCCCUUGCUCCCGCUGCCAUUCUCUCGAAGGCAUACCUGUUGCACAGUGCUUGCUGUGCUUGGGAUCGGCACGUGCACUGCCUGCUCAGCCAGUCAGCGGCCAAGUUGGUAAUGCAGGCGUCAACCCCAAACACAGAAAGCACAUUGGAUUGGUUCCGGAAGGAGCGAGGAGGAUAAGCUUAAGGUUUUUUGUUUUUUUUUAAGUUUACCAACAAUGUUUCUAACAACCUUGAUAGAAGCAAAAGAUAGAAGCAUGUAAGUAACAGACGGACCAUAUUAACCUUCAAGCACCUGUAUACAUAAGAUGGGUUCAGGCUAUGAACCCAACAGGCCUGCUGAAUAUAUGGUUGGUCAUGUUGGAUUUUCUCGACCAUUAGUCUGCAAUAGUAUGUGUGAUUGUUACUAGACCCUGUCUGAUCUAUUUUAUUUAAACCUUUGCAUCUAUAGUCACUUUGUGCAUUUGGGCAGUGAAGUCUCACAUAUUUUAAGGAAGAUCUGAAAAACAUCACCUAAAGAAUCCCUGUGUCAUGCACCGCCCCUCAAAUUUAGAUCCAAUUUAGAUUACAGGGCUCUUUAAAGGCAUAUGAGUAGUAUGAGAAAGAGAAUAUGUGUAGAAUGACAGGCAUUUGGUGUAUAGAUCUUCCGCUGCUGAUAUUCUAGUCACUUAACAUGCACUCAUCUGUCUCUCUUCUAGGUAGUCAUCUUUGUCUAGCUAGGUGGAAAGCAAGUAUAUUACAUCUGAACACAUACAUACAUGCAGGACAUGAUCUAGGGGUGUACACCACAUCUGCAUUCAAUGAACCCAAACCAGAAACUCAAUAUUUUGCCAUCACUUUUUCUAAAUUGGUAAUUUACCACUAACAUCUAAAUAUUAUGGAACAAAAUUGCCCAUCCAGUGCAGCUACCUAUGGCUGUCUCCUUUUCCAUUGUAUAGAUGGACAGUUUGUAGCUUUAAGUAUAUUGAGAAGAAUGUAGCCUAUUAAACAAUUGAGGUAUGAGGCAUCAAAGUAUGUUAUAUGUUUUGACCUAACACUGGUUGCCUCUAUGACCGGUAGAUACCAGGUACACUUUCAGUAUGACUGUUCUUUGUACUAGGUUGAUCUUUAGAAUGUGAACCUUAUCAUAUCUUGAUAUUUUUUCAGUGACUUUUGGUCAUGCCCUAUUUAGGGGGAAAAUUCCCCUUUCCUUGGUAAAUCCUUAAAUAUAUAACACAAAGACUUUGAAUGAAUCUGAGACUGUAAAUGUGUAUUAGAAGGUAUUUCUCCUAGGAUAAGAGGAUCGUAUCCUGAAGCGUUUGGGUAAAUGAACGGUCUUUAAGUUAUAUGUUCACAAUCCUUUUCAGUUUACAAUUAUAAACCAUCUACAGAAAAAUGUCAUACAUCGUAACACUUCUCAUCUUCUGGAUUUGAAUUCAGCCUAAACUAUGCUCCAGAGCUGUAUUUACAAUUCUGCAAUUUCAGAGCUAAACUCUUGCCCCAUUCUCGGCUGGCUCAAUAUCAUCAUUGAAGUUGUUUCAGUACUUUACAAUAUAAUAAGUGUUGUCUUUACAGCCGGCUCAAUACAGUAAUCCCAUGUAGAAAAAGUCAUCCUAAUCAAAACUCAAUAAGAUGUUAUGGCGGGGGCUUUUAGCAAUGUUAUCGGCUGUUUCCAAUACAACCGGCAGAACUGUGAGUGCGGCUGUGGGCUAUAAUAUGGGCUGUAACUCAGGAUUAGUGGGCGUUAAGUAAUACAAUGUGGGAUAUCCAUUGGAGCCUUUUUCUCUGCUUCCUACAUAUUGUACUAUGCAGUGUGUAAUAGAGCAGAGUAUCUAAAAUAUAUAUCACAUGACCAGUUUUGUUUUAGAAAGUUAGGAAAAGCCAAUUCGCUCUGCCAAGUUGGCUUUUAUGGCCCUAUAACCUACUGUACACACAUUUAAAAUGUUUAUCGAAAAACGUGAAACUAUACUGUAAGUUUGCACCUUGCAGUUAAAACCAGAUUUAGAAUGUUCUUUUGUCAUAAUAAGGUAUAUUUAAUACUGCAAGAUGACUAUUUUUUGCUGGCGCUUUUCUACCGAUUUAUUAACAAAGCUACGUUGGCAUGACUAGCAAUAUGUUUUGAUAAAUAUACAUAACUAUAUAUAUAUAAAUAUAUAUAAUCUGUGUUCCUAGUACUAAAGAUUAUUUUUUUUGCCAUGUUACGUACACAUUGAAAUGGUUUCUAAGAGGUUAGUGACUGUAAAUAUGUAUAUUUGACUUUGUAAAGAACAUGUACGUUAUCUUGUAUAGAAACAAAAAAAAUUAAUUUAAGUAAAUUGACUGAAGAGGAAAAAUUCAGCAGCUGGGACGAAUGGAGAUGCUAGUUUUUUAAAGUUUAAUUUAAAUGAAGGAGAUUUGUUAUAACUUCACUGAAUGAGCCUGAUGCAUGACAGCUAGGGCAGACAAAAAGGGAAGCGGUUGUCUAUAGGAACCAAUCAGAUCACUGCUGUCCUUUUCCAACAAAUGAGAUCUGCGAUUUGAUUGGUUGGUACCAGCCACAUCUUGCUCUGCACUAGAUUUUAUGCAUGGGGCCCAGUUUGUUUAGCACAAAAUAUCUAUAACAUGAUUAAAACAAGACACUGACCACCUUUUAAGAAAAAAACUAUUCAUUGUUUUAUUAAUAUUUUAAUCCUGCAAAUGCAUUUAAGCCACAGUAUUUAGAACUAUGUUAAGAAUUGGGAACCACACAGUAACAAUGUGUAAGGUAUUAACUAUUGGACUCUAUAGACGAGAACACGUAAUACAUCAUUAUAGAAUGACCACUUUGCUCCUCACUUUAACAUAAAGUUAUGUUGUGUUGUUUUCAUAUUGCAGUGCAUUAUAUUUUGAAUCAUAAUAAAAGAAAGCAUUCAGUAA